GAAAGAAGUGAAUGCGGCUGAGUCGUAAUUUGCUCCCCCCCCCCUUUUUUAUCCAGUUAUUUUCUUGAAAUUUUUUUAAAGUAUUCUAUGCACUGGAUUGAGUCACCGCAUCAGUCACUCACAGAUUUUUUCCAUGCAAUCAAAAGGCGCCCCGUUAGACAGAUGAGAAUAUUAUAAGUAACAGCGGCUUGUCGAUGAUCACACGAACUGACGCUCAACCAACAAGGAUCCUGCCAACCACCGUUCCAUUUGAAAUUGGCAUGAAGGCACAGCUGCUGCUUUUGGUUGUCACUCUUGCUGUAGCACCGAUGGCAUUGCAGCCCCAGGCCCUCGGUGAGGACGACUUCGAAAGGAAUUUUCGCCAUAUAAUUGACAGUACGGAUGAUUUUUUUCAACUUGACCCAUUUAAAUUGGAGACUCUCACACAAUUUGUAAAUAGGCAGUGCCCAAACGCUACCAUGUGCCAUCUACUCUGCCAAAAGUUUGGCUCACUAAGAGGAAAGUGCACAAAAUCGAACGAGAGAUAUUCCUGCGGAUGCGCCGAGCAAUGGUGAUUACAUAAGGGUGCCUCUGAUCUCUUAAAAGAGCAAAGAAAUAAAAGUUUGGUUUAUUUUUUCGCGAGCAAGCGAAAACA